AUGGCGCCCAAGAACGACGACAAUGUUUCAACUUCUGCUGAGCAGAGUAUAUACCGUGUUCCAGAUAUCAGCAUAAAAGAUUUAUUGGAAGCUAUUCCGGCACAUUGCUUCAAGAGAUCUGCACUCAAAUCGUCGCUAUACAUUGCUUGGGACUUGCUCGUUAUAUUUUGCCUUCAUAGGGCCAUCGUUUAUCUUAACUCGUAUAUUGAUCCAGCGUACAUCACCCUUCCCAGUUCUCGUCUCUACACCGCUGUUCACAUCUGUCUAUGGUCAGUUUACGCCUUCUGGGCCGGCUUAUUUGGCACAGGUCUCUGGGUUAUAGGGCAUGAAUGUGGACAUAAAGCGUUUUCGGAAUCCAAGGCGAUCAACGACAGUGUUGGUUGGAUUCUUCAUUCAGCCCUCGGCGUUCCAUAUUACUCGUGGCGUAUCUCUCAUGCUCAGCACCAUGCUUUAAACGCACAUAUGACAAAGGAUCAAAUUUUUGUUCCCAAGACUCGCUCGCAGGUUGGUUUGCCUCCUCUCGAUAUUUCUCGAGAAGAUGCAUUCGGGUCCCGCGUCACCGCGGAAGUCAAAAGAGAGAUGUACGAGGCGCUAGGCGACUCGCCCAUUGGCGCUAUUCUUAGUCCUGCCACCUACCUGCUCGUGGGGUGGUGGGCAUAUAUUACAACCAACGCGUCGGGUCAGCCUCAUUACCCAAAGGGAACCAAUCAUUUUAACCCCAGCUCACCGAUGUUUCGGCCUCAUCAUUACAAUGAAAUAAUGAUAUCAACUGCUGGCAUUUUGUUAUGGAUCACUUGCAUCGGUCUGGCUAUCCAGCAUUACGGAUUUCUCAGUGUGUUCAGAACAUACUUGGUCCCUUAUCUUUGGGUGAACCACUGGCUUGUACUCAUAGUCUUUCUACAGCACACUGAUCCUCUUCUCCCUCAUUACCGUGGUCGAGAGUUUACCUUCGCUCGUGGUGUCCUUGCUACCUUGGACCGUAACCUGUUGGGCGACUUUGGCAGCGUUAUAUCCUGGAUUGGAUGUCAUGCUACGCAUGGCAUCUCGGAGACCCAUGUAGUGCAUCACGUUUGCAGCAAAAUACCGCAUUACAACGCAUGGGAGGCGAGUGCUGCGGUCAAGAAGAAGCUUUCUGAAGCUGGAGUUCGUAUCCCUAUCCAGGGCGCUCCUGGUGGAUGGAGCGAACUCUUCCGUGUAUACAAGGAAUGCAAGUUCGUGGAGGACGAAGGAGAUAUCGUUUUCUACAAAAAUGCAUAUGGUCUCGCUCAGAUGAGACCGGAGAUGCCUUCAAGAGAUAUUAGCGAUUCAGGUGUCGAGGUAGACUCAAAGUUACGUAGAUGCUGUUGUGAUAAUACAAACGCACGAGCGUUUUAG